AUGCUGUUUGACUUGAAAAACAUUUGAUCUCUUACAUUAACAGCCCAUGUCACUGUAAUAGGGACUACAGCCGGGCUGUUCAGUUUUCUGUUAUUUUAGCUUUGAAAUAACUGUUAGUGCUGCUCCAAAAUCUUCGUGUUUAAAAUUGUAUAUUGGCUGUCCCCCCAGGACUCAAACAUUUAUUAGUUUUCUCAUGAAGCUUAACUUCAAAUGUCCUGCACAAUUUCCCUAAGUACAGCAGUUUGUACAGCAGUUGUUGAAAAUGAAUUCCUCAGAGAGAGAAGACUGUAAUAAUGGCGAACCCCCUAGGAAGAUAAUACCAGAGAAGAAUUCACUUAGACAGUGGCUGUACCAUUUUACAUUUCCAUUAACAACUUAUAACAGCUGUGCCAGACUCUGCUUAAACCAAGAAACAGUAUGUCUAGCAAGCACUGCUAUGAAGACUGAAAAUUGUGUGGCCAAAACAAAACUUGCCAAUGGCACUUCCAGUAUGAUUGUGCCCAAGCAACGGAAGCUCUCGGCAAGCUAUGAGAAGGAAAAGGAACUGUGUGUCAAAUAUUUUGAGCAGUGGUCAGAGUCCGAUCAAGUGGAAUUUGUGGAACAUCUUAUAUCCCAAAUGUGUCAUUACCAACAUGGGCACAUAAACUCAUACCUUAAACCUAUGCUGCAGAGGGAUUUCAUAACUGCUCUGCCAGCUCGGGGUUUGGAUCACAUUGCUGAGAACAUUCUGUCAUAUCUGGAUGCCAAAUCACUAUGUGCUGCUGAACUUGUGUGCAAGGAAUGGUACCGAGUAACAUCUGAUGGCAUGUUAUGGAAAAAGCUCAUCGAGAGAAUGGUCAGGACAGAUUCUCUGUGGAGAGGCCUGGCAGAACGAAGAGGAUGGGGACAGUAUUUAUUCAAAAACAAACCUCCUGAUGGGAAUGCUCCUCCCAACUCUUUUUAUAGAGCACUUUAUCCAAAAAUUAUACAAGACAUUGAGACAAUAGAAUCUAAUUGGAGAUGUGGUAGACAUAGUUUACAGAGAAUCCACUGCCGAAGUGAAACCAGCAAAGGAGUUUACUGUCUGCAGUAUGAUGAUCAGAAGAUAGUAAGCGGCCUUCGAGACAACACUAUCAAGAUCUGGGAUAAAAGCACAUUGGAAUGCAAGAGAAUUCUCACAGGCCACACGGGUUCUGUCCUAUGUCUCCAGUAUGACGAGAGGGUGAUUAUAACUGGAUCAUCGGAUUCUACAGUCAGGGUGUGGGAUGUAAAUACAGGUGAAAUGCUAAACACGUUGAUUCAUCAUUGUGAAGCAGUUCUGCACUUGCGUUUCAAUAAUGGCAUGAUGGUGACCUGCUCCAAAGACCGUUCCAUUGCUGUAUGGGAUAUGGCCUCCCCAACUGACAUCACCCUCCGGAGGGUGCUAGUCGGACACCGAGCUGCCGUCAAUGUUGUAGACUUUGAUGACAAGUACAUUGUUUCUGCAUCUGGAGAUAGGACUAUAAAGGUAUGGAACACUAGUACUUGUGAAUUUGUGAGGACCUUAAAUGGACACAAACGUGGCAUUGCCUGUUUGCAGUACAGAGACAGACUGGUCGUUAGUGGUUCAUCUGACAACACUAUCAGAUUAUGGGACAUAGAAUGUGGUGCAUGUUUACGUGUGUUAGAAGGCCAUGAGGAAUUGGUGCGCUGUAUUCGAUUUGAUAAUAAGAGGAUAGUCAGUGGGGCCUAUGAUGGGAAAAUUAAAGUGUGGGAUCUUGUAGCUGCUUUGGACCCCCGUGCUCCUGCAGGGACUCUUUGUCUACGGACUCUUGUGGAGCAUUCUGGAAGAGUUUUCCGACUCCAGUUUGAUGAAUUCCAGAUUGUCAGUAGUUCACACGAUGAUACAAUCCUCAUCUGGGACUUUCUAAAUGAUCCAACUGCCCAAGCUGAACCCCCCCGCUCCCCUUCUCGAACAUACACCUAUAUCUCCAGAUAAAUAAUCAUAUACUGACCUCAUACUUGCCCAGGACUCAUUAAAGUUGCGGUAUUUAACGUAUCUGCCAAUACCAGGAUGAGCAACAACAGUAACAAUCAAAAUAUUACCCACUUUCCCCGGACUAGCCGAGGAGUGGGGCUUUGAGACUCCUGUUGGGACACAGUGGUCUGCAGUCGACUCAGGAGGGUCUACUCAGCACAGCUGACUGCUUCCGUGCUGCUAUCAGAUGUCUUUUAUCUUUCGUGAAUGAUUAGAACUUUUAAACCUCACCUCACUUCCCCUCCUCCUUUCCCUUGUGCACCUGUUUUUUCCUCAUUUGGUUCCAGACAAAGAUGACUUAUAAAUAUAUUUAAUGUUUUGCCAGAAUCUCUCUUGCUUUGCCGUUAAGCAGAAGAACUAGUUUCCCUAUAUACCUGCUGGGAGAGACUCACUUCUAGGGGAGAGGGGGAUACAACUUCAAGCCAGACAGCACCCAGUGUCUCCCUGAGAACUACAGGAAUGCCCAGCGCCUGGCAAGCUCAGCAAGCCCCACUGUGCUUAGGAGACAGCGCUCCUGCAUAGCCUCUGGGGCAAGAAAGAGAGACAAGAAGAAUGAGCACACUUGACGAUCUGGGCCUCUUUCCUCCAUCUCUUUUCUCUGUUUCUGUCCCUCUUCCCCCUCCCUCCACCCCUUCAACCUGUUCUCUGCUCCACCUGAGAAGAACAAGGAUGAAGAGAGUGUCCUCAGUUAGCAUGAGGCAAAUCGGCUAGAAAAUGCAGCACUUGGAAGAGUUAAAUGCUGUUCAGUUAAAAUUUCAAACCGAGGCUUUUGCUGCAAGUGACCCUAUAUGACAACAGUGCAUUUUCAGACAUGGUACUUUCAUCAUAUUUGCAACUCUCCUCUCUUCUCCUUCUAACACCCUCUCCCCAAAAAGGGGGGCAGAAAUUUCCUGGGCUCCAUCAAUGGCCACAUCUUUUCUGGACUCAGCAGUCUCCUCGAUUCCAUGUAGAGUGUGAAAAGGAGCUGCUGAUUGCAUUUCCUCUCAUUAACAAUUAGAUGUGUAAUAAAAAGCAUUGUACUUCAUCUUAAAUCACUGGUAAGGCUCAGCCCACAGAAAGGCUUGAAAUGGCCGGAGCCAGUCGCUUGGUACAUUCUGCAUAAUUUCACGUCUCAGAUUUCCUCAUCAGGGCCUGUGAGCACCCAGGCACCUGUAUCUUUGCCAAGACCACCCAUCAGAGUAGCUUAAGAGGUGGUCGGGAAUAAAAGUUCAUUUCUUUUUCAUUUAGGCCAGUAAAUACCAUUUCCAAAAAUCAAGCUCGUCAUCUCAACCUUGCACUGCAGACCCUUCCUUCUGCUUUCCCAAACCUGGUAUUUUCAAAGGGCAAAGCUGCCAGAGAGCGCAGAUCAGGGUGAAGUUUGGCACACAGGGUUUAUUACUGGGGCAGAAACUGCCUUCGCUUUCCUUUUCUUCCUCUUCCUGGUCAUAUGUUACUCUCCACUCUCCCCAACCAAUAACUCUGGGAGUUAGUUAAUAACAUAAACAAAUGGACCUCAGCAAGGGCCAGGCUGACCUGGCCACUUGGAAGGCAGCUGUGCCACCCAACCUGGGAGCACAGGGAAUACGACCAGCGUGGGGGUGGGAGUGGGCCUGCGCCAGCCAUUCCUGGUGGCCUGGGCACACCCAUCAAAAGCCCGAGGCCACAGUACAGUCUCACGUUUCCCUUGGAAGCUGAGCCGUCUGGCCUGUUGUUUCCAUUCCUGAUCAAAGCAGUUGAGCAAAAGAAAGCCCCUGUCUAACUGGCGGCUAUAAAAGGAGCAGAAUGGGAGCCAAUUGCAAGUGACCUCAAAGCUAGGCCCCCGUUAGUUCAGCAAAAGGGGAGGCAAGAGAAAGCCGUCUUCCCUCCGAUUUGUAAAAAGGUGUCCCCUUCCUAAAACGUACCCAGACUGAACGUCGUAUUACAGAUUAAGGGGCAGGUUAUGCAUAUGCAUUUUUCUUUCCUGCUUUAUGAGUGCUUUUAAGCUUUUAGUUCCAGGUUAUAUUCAGAAAGUAUUUCCCAGUGUAAUGAUGUCAUUGCCUAGGAAAUAUUUUUUGAGAAUAAUUCCUUUCCCAACUACCCAUUCUACAGAGAAAUGUUUUCUAUCUAGUCGCUUCUCAUGGUUCCUUGUCCAUUGUGUUGACUAUUAAUGCCUUUUUGAUUGGUUGAGGGUUUUGCUACAGAUGAGGCACAAGAUCAUCAGCCUGAGCUCAGGCAUUAAAGAGGCAUGGAUUUUAAGCUGUUUAAAAAUAUUGUCCAAUAGCCAUAACUUUACUAGCCCUUCUGUUAUAUGCUGCUGUUCUAAAGUGAGAGCUGUUGAAUAUUCAUUGGUGCACGGGUUUUCCUCUCCCAUCGAAGUUCACUUGAAGGUAGAUUGUUUUAAGACUGUGCUGCAGCCUGUCCAGUACAUCAGAAGUGAUACCGAGGUGGGCCCUUCAGCCUGGAGCAGUUAGCUCUGUCGAUAUUCCCCAAGUUGUCCUCUGCUCUGAUGGAAAUGGGAAUGAAGUUAAGUGGUCUGAAAAACUUGAGUCAGUCACAUUUCUCAGCUCGGGGGGUCAUUUACCAGUUCAUUGUAGAAGAAAUAAUCAGGUAAGUAAAAGUUCAUUUCCAGAGAAAGUAAACCCCACUUACCAUCUCUGCAUGAUUUCAGUGGGAAUUGAUUAUCACUAAUCCCCAACUGGGCUAGAAUAAAUGUAAAGUUUGACCUUUUUAAAAAAGAGAAACAAAGAAAGUCUCAACACAUUUAAAGGAAUGGUAGAAAAGGAGCGGAAGGUGUCGCUGGGCUCGGAGAUGAAAUGUCUCCGUUGUGGAUCAGUCUCUGCUCACUAAAAUUCCAAUGUGGUGUGAAAGAAAUGUUCCUUCAAGACAGGAGGAAGCCCCUUCCAAGGUGGGCAAGGAGUGUGCGCUCACACCCGCACUGGAGCUCGGGCACGUGGGCUCCGCUCACCCUGGGCUGCUCGGACAACACCAGCAAGCCUUGCACGCGUGUGUCUUUCCACCGCUGAGAACAUCCUUUCACUCUCUUAUGUGCAGCCUGAAAGCAGGUGUGGAUUGUGGAUGGGAAGCCUUUUACACUGUCCCUUGGCAAAAUCCUGGUGACUCUGCCAGAAACUCUAGAGGCAGGGCCUCUCUGGAACUCUGUUGACAGAUAAUCAAGCCUGGCCCUCAUCACUUGUUUCUGAACUGGAAAGGACCCUGGGACCCCUAAAUCAUUCUGCGUUCUGCUUGAGUAAGAAAAAUCCUGUUUUGUUUUGUUUUUUGUAAAAUCAAAAGCUGAAGAGAAGAAAACAUGCGCUCUUCUCCUGGCUUGGUGUCCUUAUCUAGCAUUUGAUUGUGUGUGGAAACAAAAGGCUUGGGGUGGAAGGGGUGGGGAAUAUUGGAAAUAAUGAGGGCAUUUUUUCUUUCCUAGAAUUAAAUUAUAUGACAUUGGUAUCAUUAA